UGCCGUUCUUACAACGUACCUCUACUGAUCAACGAUCGGAUCGAUGUUGCCCUCGCCUGCGAUGCUGAUGGCGUGCACGUAGGCCAGUCCGACAUGCCGGCUGAAUUGGCUCGCAAAAUUCUUGGUCCAAGCAAGAUCAUCGGCGUGUCCUGUAAGACCCCGGCGGCAGCCAUGAAAGCUUGGGUUGAUGGUGCCGACUACAUCGGCUGCGGAGGAGUUUUCCCUACCAAUACAAAGCAGAACAAUCUGACCAUUGGAUUGAAGGGACUCGAAACUGUUUGUUCGGCUUCGAAGCUUCCUGUGGUCGCCAUCGGCGGUAUUGGUGCCGGAAAUGUGCAGUCGGUUAUGGAACUUGGUGCGCCCAAUCUGAAAGGUGUAGCAGUUGUUUCUGCUCUUUUUGAUCAGGAAUCUGUUGUUGCUGAGACCCGCAGACUGAAAUCGUUGUUGACUGAAUGGUGAUGACUUGUAGGGUUUCUCCUGUUCCCGGUGAGAAAGUGUUCAGUUUUUCUCUUUUGAUGUUUUAUAAUAACUAGUAAUGAAAAACCAGAAUCUCUUGUUCUUCUUUCAACAUUGACUGAUUAUUUAAUUUAUAUAUUUAUUAUUUUG